CGUCAGUGCCAUGACAACAGGACGAUGGUUGCGAGCGAGAGGGCGAGAAAUGUGAUUUUCGUGUGAACGAGGAGGAACAAACCGGCGGCGUUUACGGUCUGGCUCGUGUACGCGAAGAGGCAGCAUGUCUCUGUUCAAAGCCCGUGAUUGGUGGUCGGCAGCUCUUGGCGAAGGGGAGGAGUUUGACCAGGGAUGUCUGUGCGUCGGAGAUGUGGACAACAGUGGCACCGGACAUGACAAAGUGGUGGUGGGCAGCUACAUGGGAAUGCUGCGGAUCUUCUCCCCACAUGUCAAUAAGUCCAGUGAGGGAGGUGUAGCUGAUGCCCAGCUUCUGGAAGUCCAGCUUCAAAAUGCCAUCAUCCAGGUGGAAGUGGGCAAGUUUGUCUCGUGUUCGGAGCUGCUUCACCUGGCUGUUCUUCACCCCAGGAAGCUGUCCGUGUACUCUGUUUCAGGCACCGCAGGGAACGUGGAGCACGGUGACCAGUACCAGUUGAAACUGGUUUAUGAGCACAACCUGAAAAGAACGGCCUGCAACAUGACUUAUGGCACCUUUGGAGGCGUCACAGGUCACCACUCCCUGUGUAUCCAGUCUAUGGACGGGAUGCUGAUGUUCUUCGAGCAGGACAGUUACUCCUUCGGCAGGUUCCUCCCUGGUUUCCUGCUGCCUGGCCCGCUGGUCUACAACACCAGAACUGACAGCUUCCUCACCGUGUCCUCCGCACGCCAGCUGGAGAGCUACAAGUACGAGACUCUGGCCGUGGCUACAGAAGCAGAGAGUCGACAGGAUCCCGACCUGCCUCUCAAGACCGGAGGCAAGAGGCUGACGCCUGACUGGACGUUUAUCCUGGGAGAACAGGCCCUGGACCUCUCUGUGCCCUCCUUCUCCCACUCCUCCUCCUCUGUCUUCGUCCUAGGUGAGAGGAACCUCUACUGUCUCCGUGACAACGGCCAGAUCCGCUUCAUGAAGAAGCUGGAGUUCAACCCCAGCUGCUUCCUCCCCUACGCCUCAGUGACGGAUGGCACCACCAACCUGUUGCUUGGUAACCACACCAACAUGCUGCUGGUUUACCAGGAUGUGACUCUGAAGUGGGCGGCCCAGCUCCCCUUUGUGCCCGUGGCCAUUCGAAUCGCCAACUUCCCGGAGCUGAAGGGAGCGGUGGUCAGUCUGAGUUCAGAUGGUCACCUCCUGUGCUCGUACAUGGGCACAGACCCCUCCUUCUUCUCCACACCCAAGGUAGACGCCAGGGAGGCAGACUAUGAGCAGGUGGACGCUGAGAUGAAGAAGCUGCAGAAGUUCAUCAGGGAGGCCACGAGGACUCAGGACAUCCUGCCUAAAACUGACGCUGAGGAGGACCUGAUUGUUACCGCGGCGGUGUCCUCCAGCAUGGACGGCCCAUCGCUAGCUCUGAUCCAAGACAUCGAUGGUCUGCCCGUCCCUUCAGUCACCAUACAGGUGAAGGUGAAGGCCGGUUGUGUUAUGCAGUCGUCUAAGCUGACUGUCGGCGUUCAGCCUCCUCUGGCCGUCACUCAGGACCAGUUUGUCCUCGAGCCUAUGGGUGUUGGUUCCUCCACAGUUGUGGCGUUCUCUGCUUUCCUCAACGGCCGCUAUCCCCCCGCUGACCUGACUGGAGACAUCACUGUGUCCUACAGCUCGCCCACAGGAGUUCCCAGGGUUCUCCAGUCCAGGUUCAGUCUUCCUCUGGCCUUGGUGUGUGUUCCCUCCUCUCCGGCCAAAACCACCAAGUUUAAGAUCACUGUGGAUACCAACCAGGCACCGGUCAACCUCAGCGCCAUCUUCCCAGAGUUUUCAGCAAAAUCAGAAGAUAAGGACGGGAAUACUUUGGCUUUCCAGUUCCUGUCAGGAGCCAAGGUUACUGUGCUGGCCUCCAAGACCUCCCAGCGUUACCGUAUCCAGAGCGACAGUUUUGAGGACAUGUGGUUGGUGGUGAAGGAGCUGGUUCAGAGGUUCGACCAACAUUUCUCCAAACUGGGAGUCAAGGACUUCAAGAAAAGCUUCAGUGGACCGCUUCCACUGCAGGAGUACUUCCUGUCUGUAGACCACCACUUCCAGUUGCGUGUCAGUGCUCAGCAGUACCAGGACCUGCUGUCGGAGCGAGCGGUCCAGUUCAGAGCCAUCCAGCGGCGCCUGCUGACUCGAUUCAAGGACAAAACCCCGGCACCACUGCAGAACCUGGACACGCUGCUGGACGCCACUUACAGCCAGGUGAUGGCGCUGGCGGAGGCUGCGGAGGAGAACCGAGCGCUGCUGGAGGAGGCGUUCGUCCGUCUGCGGAGCGCCACGCACCUGUUAGUGCUUCUGAUGUCACUGUGGCAGGGCCUGACCCCCGACCAGACCGCCAUCCUGGAGGCCACGCUGCUGCCGCUGCUGCAGGACACCCCACAGCUGGGCUGGGAGGAGAGCUGUGACGCUGCCGUCUCCCACCUCCUGCGGAGCUGCCUCUCGCAGAGCCCCAAGGACCAGGCCACAUCUCUGGCCCACGCGGGAGGUCCUGUGCUGAGCCUCCCCCGUGACACCGCCCGCCUCAAGAAGCACAUCACCCUGCUGUGCGAUCGCAUCGGGAAGGGAGGCCGUCUCACCCUGGCCUCUGAGGCCAACGCCCAAGUCCCCGCCCAGGUCCAGAACCUGGCUGCUCCCGGAGGCGUUGAGCCCAUUGCAGAGGUGGCUGGUGACGGGGAGGAGCUGGAACUUCCACAGGAGGCCACCAAGUUCAUCAAGAAGAAGCAGCCAUCCAAGAAAGCCAAGAAAGAUAAAGGCUCCAAAGAGAAGAAAGACGUGUCCAGGGAACCGUCAGAGUCCACAGUGAAAGAAGAAGCAGGAGACGCAGAGGAGCCAGUCAAGGAGGCCAAGAAGGAAAAGAAGGAGUCGUCCAAGGAAAAGAAGGAGUCAAAGAAAGAUUCGAGCAAAGAGCCCAAGGAGGAGGCGAAGAAAGAGUCCAAGAAGGAAUCGUCCUCCUCCAAGGAGAAGAAGGAGUCAUCAAAGGAGAAGAAGGAAAAAGAAAAGGAGGGGAAGGAGACCAGCAAGGAACAAGACAAGAAAGUGUCCAGGAAGUCUUCUGUAAAAGUGAAAGAGAAGAAGAAGGAGCCAGAGGCUGGAGAUGUCUGACAGAAUCAGUGCAAUAAGCUCACGUGAUAUGCAUUCAGACAUACGCAUAAACAAAACACACCACACACACGUACAGGGGUCACACAUGUAAAUAUACAUGUGUGUAUAUACAGUGUACAUGUAAACAUAUACAAGGCCACAUAACACACACAUACACAUUUACAUAUGCAGUCUAAAUAUAUAUUUACAUGUAAAUAUACUCAGUCAAGGCCACAUGUCUCAGUAGCAAAGUAAAUUCUUCUUCCCAGACGAGUAUUUACAUCGCCUAGUAAUAGCUGACC